AUGGAAGUUAAGUCUCCGCUGAGAAGAAGCUCACCGAAAAGAAGAAGCCCGCGAAGGAGAAGAAGGCCGCCGCUGCCGAGAAAGAUCCAGCAGAGAAAAAGAAGAAGGGAGGAGAAGAAGGCCGCCGCCGCCGCCGAGAAAAAUCCGGCUGAGAAGAAGAAGAACCGCCGAGAAAUAUCAGGCCGAGAAAGAUCCGCCGCCGAGAACGAUCCGGCUGAGAAGAAGAAGAAGGGAGGAGAAGAAGGCCUCCGCCGCCGCCGAGAAAGAUCCGCCGCCGAGAAAGGAGUGAUAGAUGCAGAUUACAGAGGACCAGUUGGUGUGAUUCUGUUUAAUUACUUUAAUGUUGAUUUCGAGGUGAAAAUAGGUGAUCGUAUUGCACAGUUGAUCAUUGAGAAAAUCAUAACUCCAGAUGUUUUCGAGGUUGAAUAUUUGGACUCUACUGUGAGGGGUGCUGGUGGGUUUGGUUCUACUGGUGUUUAA